GUCGCCGGCGCCGGUUCGCCUCAGUCGAGCCGCGGCCGCCGAAGUGUGAGUGUCGUGUUCGUGUCGCUAAGAUUGGACCCCCGAAUUUUCGCGCGACUCUAUCCUGUAAAAAUAUAAAAACGCUCUGCGCUUGUUCACGUUCCUCUAGGAGCAGAGAAGAUGGCCUGUAAUAGAGCUGCCAAGUCCGGAUUUGCCGCCGAGGCGCAGAGAAAGAUCAAUAGCAAGUACAGCGAGGAACUGGCACAGGAAUGUCUGGAAUGGAUCAAAACCAUCACCGGCGAAAAUAUAAACACCAACGGGGACAUGGACAACUUUUUCGAAACCCUCAAGGACGGCGUCUUACUUUGCGUCUUAGUGAAUGACAUCAAGGAAGGCUCGGUGAAGAAAAUUAAUAGGACGUCGCUAGCUUUCAAAUGCAUGGAGAAUAUAAACGCCUUUCUAGAGGCUGCGAAGAUAUUAGGUGUUCCACCGCAGGAGACCUUUCAGACCGUAGAUCUCUGGGAAAGACAAAAUUUAAAUUCCGUUGUCAUUUGCUUACAAUCCCUUGGAAGAAAGGCGGGUAAUUAUGGUAAACCAAGUAUCGGUCCUAAAGAAGCGGAUAAGAAUGUACGCAAUUUCACGGAGGAACAGCUCAGGGCCGGACAGGGCGUAAUAAGUUUACAAUACGGUAGCAAUAAGGGUGCUAAUCAAAGCGGUAUCAAUUUCGGAAACACCAGACAUAUGUAAACCACUACUUUCGUAUUUUCGCUGAAAAGCAAAAUCGCUCUAUCUCUUACCCUUGACUGUGUUCCCGCAACACGCAAGUAUUCCUUUAGAUAUAGCAUAAUACAUGUUCAUCGAGGUCCAAAAUAUAUCAAAUGGUGCACAAGAUAUUCCUUGUACGCGCAAUAGGAGAGAAGACACAGAUAAAAAGAUUUAAAAAUUUUCAAAUAAAAGUAAUUUGAGAAAAAAAAUAAUUUAACUUUUGGAUGCGCAAGUGGCAUUUUUGAGACUGUAUUUACUUUUUUAUGAUAUUUCUAAUAUUAUUGAUAUAUCUUUUUCUUUUUAAACUACCUUCAACAAUACUCACACUCAUACAACACGUGAGGUUAUAUAUAUUAAAUUUAUUUUUUUGCCAUUUAAAUUUUCAUUAAGAAUCUAUGCAUAUCCAAAAGUAUAAUAAAUUAUAUAUAUAAGUUUUGCAUCAAUAUGAAUUAUUUAAUUUUGUUGUUAUCUUAUGUCACUUUUAUGUCGAUUGUAUCGCGUUAAUGAUUCCGAAUCGAUAUAUAAUGUCAUAGUUAUUGAAUAUACGUAUGAUAAAAGUGAGUACUCCAAGAGAGAAAUAGCAUGUAGUUUAUAUCCCGUUUCCUGAUUAUAUGACAACUUAAAGUGAAACCUUUUAUAUGUGUAUAAUAUGUAUGCUAUCAAUGUGUAAGUUAUUGGUUUAUAACGCGACUGUGUAACUCUCAGGAUAGAAAAUACAUAAAUAUUCUACACAUUACAAAAGAACAAAGAUAUCAUGUUAGCAUUAAUUCAGACAACUACUAUAAUAUUUGUUAAAUAUUGCAAAGUAUAUUGUACAACGAGAGAAGCCACAGACUUGGCUAACUGUGUUGUCAUUGCAGUUGAACAUUUUUCACAAUCUAACCAAAUUAUUUUACAAAUUCAUGUUGCACGUGAGAUAAUAAUAAUUAUUAUAAUUAUAAUAAUUAUUAUAAUUAUUAUAUAAUGAUGAAUGACUAUAUAUUAAGUAUAUAUUUUGUACAAAUAUAUAUUGAUGGUUAAGAGAAAUAAUAAUUUUUCAUAAGUGCUGAUUGAGUUAAUAAACAAUGCAUCAAUAAGUGA